GAGGGGAAGCGAUGGACGGCGAAAAGGGCAACGCUGGGGGAUGAAGAGAUGCUUGUGGUCGCAGGGGAUCCUGCCCACCCGCCUGCCUGCAAAACACACCCGGUGUGGCAGCAGCCUGAGGUCAGGCGUGUCCCCUGUCCCUCGGAGGCAGCUGCCGGGGACUGGGACUUGGUCCCCUGCCCGGUGCCCGGCCCGCUCCGGUGGCUCCGAUGAGACAGGGGCUGCUGGAGAUGUGCCCAGGGUGGGGUUCGGUGCCGGAGGAGGAGAGGAGGGAAAGACUCAGUGAAGCUCUAGAAAAUGCAGCGCACACCAGUUGCUUUGCAAUUUCUGAGCAGUUUUGUCCGGAAGACUGUGCUCAGGUUAUGACGACUAAUCCCAAACCGAACAAGGCAUUAAAGGUAAAGGAGGAGUCAGGAGAGAAUGCCCCAGUGCUGAGUGAUGAUGAACUCGUCUCAAUGUCCGUACGGGAGCUGAACCAGCACCUGAGGGGUCUCACCAAAGAGGAGGUGAUCCGUCUGAAGCAGCGGAGACGCACGCUGAAGAACCGGGGCUACGCUGCCAGCUGCCGCAUCAAGCGUGUGACUCAGAAAGAGGAGCUGGAGAGGCAGCGGGUCGAGCUGCAGCAAGAGGUGGAGAAGCUGGCCAGAGAAAACAGCAGCAUGAAGCUAGAGCUGGACGCCUUGCGCUCCAAGUACGAAGCACUCCAGACCUUUGCUCGUACUGUGGCGCGAGGGCCUAUUACCCCGACCAAAGUUGCCACCACCAGUGUCAUCACCAUUGUGAAAUCAGCCGAAAUCUCAUCCAGUUCUGUGCCCUUUUCAGCAGCGUCCUAGUGCCCUCGGUGGGGGGAACUAGAAGCCUUUCAGAGAGGGAGGGGAGAAGGCUCUUAUGCAUUGUUCCGGAGACCUUGGUCACGUCAAGAAUUGGCAUUUUAACAAUUCUCUUCCGAAAAGUGCAAAAAAUAGGAAAAAAAAACCCCCAACAAAAAAGAAAAGUUAAAAAAAAAAAAAACAAACACAAAACACCCAAACCUAUAAAGGGAACUUAACCAGCUGCUUCUAUCUGGACUCAGUGGCUCCAUCAACCUCUCGUGUCCAGGAUUUGAGCUCUAUAUGCAGUACAAGUUGCUUCCUCCUUCCCUGUGCCCCCCCAAACCCUUCUCAGCCCUGGGCAGCUUUCCAGCUGGGAGAAGAUACCUGAGGAGCCUCCGGAGUCUUCGUGAAUGAUGCUCAAGAGCCAGGAAACAGAUGGACCGUAGAAAUCAUCAUGUGAGAUGAAUGUAAGGGAAAAACAGUUUCCUUUGGUGGCAUCCUACUCCCUGUAAGAAGGAUCUCCCUGACCUUCCCCACUUCCAUUUGGUAUUGCAAGGGCAGGGAUACAGGCUUUUUGUAUCAGAUUUCAUCUGCUAUGAGUGGAUGGGAGCGGGAGGACGAUGGAGACUGAUGCUUGGGUCUGACCACACCCAUUAGGAAUAACCUUUUGUUUUCAAUCCACGCUGUUAAAAUAUGGAAAAAUAUAUAUUUUACAUAUUUUAAUAAGCCCCAUUACCUGUGUGGCCUAUAAAAAUUACAUCGCAGCCUCCUUUAUUCCAAGCCCAAGUUUCCUGAUAGCUCCUUCCCUAAGGUGUGCCUAUGAAUUGGGUAUAUUUAUGCAGUUUAUUUCUUCCAAAUGAUCCGCAGUCUUGAAGUAGCAUCUUUUUUCUUUUUUUCCUGGAUUCCCUGAAGCUUAGGGGAAGGAGGCACAGUAAAUGCUGUGAAAAUCUGUGUGAUGGGGUGGAGAAGGGGAGACAAGGAGGGAAAAUGCGGCAAGUAUUACCAGGUGGAGGCAGAACUGCCUGCAAGAAGGUGGGACAGUCCUGCUGGGAUCAAAACUAUGAGAAGGGGUUUGUGCAGAGUAUUUAGGAAAGAUAUUUUUAAAGCACUGAAGUGUAACUAGAGGGCAAUGGCGUUCAGACAGGAGGAGAGAAGUUGCAAAGCCUCCUCCUUGACAAAAGCAUUGGUAGGUUAGCAAUGAACAUCCCAGCUGGAGAGCUGGGCUUACCAGUCUCUGAUGACCAGAUAAGGGCUAUGGGAGGGGUCAAAUGGGAGCUGGAAGAGUCUUUUCCUCUCCUUAGCACGUCAGGUGCUGAAGUUGGGAUCCAAAGAGUACAGUGAACAACCCUCACUGUUCAGACAACCUGUGUGGAUGUGACCCUGAAACUUGAUGCUUUCUCUUGGGAAUGGAUGAAUUAUCCCGAGAGGCACAGGGAGGGCAGGAUGGAAAAUUGGUGUGUGUAGAGGAUGGAGGAAUUGGGAUUGAGAAGUCGUUCUUCUGGCUCUGAGCAAUGGUUUGGGAGAGGGUUUUCUGGCUUGGUAAUGGGCAGGAGGUGAGAAGCUGAAAGGAGAGAUUCUGCUGUCACGCAGCAGCACUGAAAAGAUGAAUGUUUCCAGGUCACUGUAAAAAAAAUAAUAGCUAUGUUGGUGUUUGUGUGUUUUGUUGUUGUUUUGUUUUGUUUUGUUUUUCUUUUUGAGGUAGGAAAGAAAAGGGACUGUGAGUUUUGCAGGGCAGGUCAGAGACUUGUGGAAUGGACGAUGCCUGUUGUCAUGCAGGUGAGAAGAGAAUGAGAUGGCUGAAGUUUAAGAUGAGGGGAAGAGCUUAGAGGACUUGGGCUCCAGAACAGAAAACAAAGGUCACAGAAAAAUCAUGAAUGUUUUGGACUGAAAGAGGAUUACCAAGUAGUAUCCUUGUUGCAAAGGGGACAGUGAAUCAGCAUCCGACACCCAGUAUAAUUUGUUGUUUGAGGCUUUGUCUUACCUUGAAUGGCAGUAAGGUUGUAGAAAUAUAGCAAAGCCCUACUUGUCUUUGGAAGGAGUUGUUAUCUUGCUUUUUCUUUUUUUUUUCACCUUGUCAUUGGAGUCUCUGGAUUUCCCAGGAGGGUCCUUUGUGAAAUAGGUUAAUGAAAAGAGAAACCUCGGACUUGGUUCUUGUUCAGUCCUCAACAUCGACAUCCGUGACCUUACUGAGCCAGAAAGGGUGUAAGUGAAACGCCUCCUGAAGGCUCGUUACCCCUGCCAGAUCCACGUGUUAUGGAGGGGGGAGCAGGGAGUUUCCAUCAAGUGAUUUUCCAACACGUAGAGUUUGGAUGACACUUAGCGUUACCUCAUUUCUCCUCCACUCCCUCCCUAUCUCCAAACAGGCAGAUCGGUGUCCUGUGUAUCAGUACCAGUUAUUGACUCCCACAGCAGAAGCUGAGGAAGAGAAAGAUGUUACUGUCAUUUCCUGGUCCUCUCAUGUUCUCCAGCUCACAGACAUUGGAAACUUUCCCAGACCUUACAGGUGCCUCCAAAACCAGGCGAAAUGGAGACUCCUGGCACUGUUGGGGCUUUAAAUGAAAACUUCAUUGAAAAAGGCCAGUUGACUUGAAAAUGCCCAAAUGCUUCCAGUCUUUAAACAGCUCCAGAGCUCCAUAACAUUCCUGGCUAGAUACACCCUCUGGCUGUCCUUGACCCCCUCCCCCAGCUGGGGAAUUCAGACCAGUCACACCGAGGGGGACGGAGGUCGAACUUUGUUCUGUGAGGUCUUCUUGCUGUUGGAAUGAGUUGAGAAACAUAUCUUUACGUGGCACUUCCCUUGUGGCCAAGUAUUUCUUUUUUUUUUUUUUUUUUUUUUUUUUUCCAGUUCUUGGAAGGGUGCCAAAGGCUUGUCCAAGUGAUCUCUAGUUUAGUGCUGGUAGGCACUUAAAUCUCUGGUCACUCGAUAAAGAACAAGAGGCCUGGGUCUUGUUAAAGCUGUUGAUACCAUAGCCAUGGUAGGUAAUCCAUAUUGGAUAUCCAUAAGGACCACGUGGAAAUAUUUAAAGAGAGAGAAAUAUAUAUAUAAAUAUAUAAUUAUAUACAUUUUAUCGUACAGAUUUUUCGUAAAAAAAAAUGAAAAAAAAAUUUUUUUUCCAAGUUUGAUACUGUAAAUCUUUAUUAAAAGAAAUUGCCAGUCCAGGGCUCCCUGGGUGGUGACCUGGAGGGGAAUGAAAUGUCCUGGCUAAAACUUCCACAGAGGGAUCAGAAUUGCAAGGUAACGUGGAGGGAGGAAUGACCCGAAAGCUGUUGACUGCAUUGGAGACCCAGCUCUUCCACCCUGGAGGGUCCUCCAGCUUGGGUUGUCACAUUGCAUUCCUCUGGGAUUUGGUUUGUUUCUGUUGUUGUUGGGGUUUUUUUUCUUUUGUUUGCUUUUUUUUUCUUUUGUUUUUUCUUUUGUUUGCAUUUUUUCUUUUGUUUUGGGGUGGUGGUUUUUUUUGUUUUGUUUUUGUUUGUUUGUUUGUUUGUUUGUUUUUUCUCUCCGUCCUGCACUUGCAAGCCUGACACCCAGGGUGAGUCCCAGGAGGGGAGGUGGCUGUGCCCUCUCCCCCUGGGCUGUACCUCUUGCUUGUCUCUUUGCUGCGAUGCUUUGGAUGCCGGGGCUCCCUUCUCUGCCCCGAUUUGUUUGUCCUGGAUUGGAGUUCUGGGACCUUCUCCCCUGGGUCUGGCCUUUCUUUGGGUGCUCCCCAUCCACAGUGUGAUGUGAGGAGCCUGGGCUUUGUGGGAGGCGGGAGGAGAGGAGAGCAUGGAGCAGGGAGAGGGAUGGGGUGGAACAUCUCUGUUCUUGGAGGCCUGUUUGCUGUGCUCUCUGUUGGGAGUGGGGGAACCUUUCCCUCCAGGGCAGCUCUGUAGAUCCCUUUGAAGCAAAUCAGCAUCUCUGCUCUUGCCCAACUCUGCUGUCUGCCUGAGGAGACCUCAAGGUGCAGGCUUAGAGACCUGGGUGACACCACAGCUCCAGGAUGGCCAGGGAGGGGACAAGGCGCAGGGCUGGGCACGGAGCGGUUGGGCCACGGGACAGCUCAGACCCGGGGAGGAGGAGAAGGUGGCAUUUUUUUCUCUCUCGAAUCAUUUAAACUUCAUUGUCAUGAUUGUUUUUAUUUAAAAAAAAAAAAAAAAAGGACAAAAAAAAAAAAAAAAAAAAAAAAGACAAAAAUGAGAAUCUUUUGUAAUGUGGAUUUGUUUUCCUUUGUCUGUAUUUCAGUCUGCUGGGGUGUUUCUGUAGAUGGUGGAUACUUGCUUUCAUUUUUUUAAUGAUAGAGGUCUUCUGUUUUAAGUUGUUUUGUUGUUUUGUUUUUUUUUAUCACCAGCUCAUUCUAUCCUCUGUGGUUACUCAGUAAUUUCAUUUCAAUAUUUAUUUUUGUGCUGCUUUUUUAUUAUAAAAUAAAUUAUUGAUAUACCAAGCAACGUGGAUUCCUGUUUGUAAAGCGAAUAGCCCUGUGUACGUGUCCAUUACUUUCUCUUGACCGCCACAACGUAAUUUAUUGCUGUAAAUUUAGCUGCAGUGACUGGUUUUUUUUGUACCUUUCCAAUAAAGCAUUUUCUGGUUUCA